AUGCGACCUAUGAACACUGCGAUAAUAAAAGAAACAUCUGCUAAAAAUACUGAAGAUUGUCUUGGUAGUGCACAAUUGGUAUGUCUUGACAGUCAACAAUAUUUACUAACUCCAGUCAAAUUACAGGACGUAUUGGUUACGGAAAAAACGCCUGAACGAAAAGGUGUUAAAAAUGUAGAAAGAUCAUCAUUCGUUCUAACUUCAGCUGAAUGGCAGAAGACUGAAAACGACAAAUUAAAAGCUAAACAACUUAAAGAAGAACAACAGGAGACUCGUAAGAAGAACAGAUUACUGAAACAAGUAGAAAAAAAUAAAGUGAAAGUGAAAACCACCAAAAAUAAGAUAAAUAAAACAGCGAAAGAGACAAUAGCUACUAAAACACAAAAGAUAACAGCUAAUAAAUUGGGAGAGAUAAAAGAAAAUAGACAACAAGUGACAAAUGAAAACCAAAUAAAUGAAACAAAAGCUAGCAAAAUACAAGAAACAUUUAUUAAUCAUCACCAUACAAUUAUGAAUCACCAAGUUAUGAUUCAUGCUAACAAUAUGACAUCCUCUCCUGAAAAUGAACACCCGCCUAACAUUAAGAAAACAAAUGCUGAAGAGCAGCUUGUGUUUCCACCUAAUAAAAAAAUUAAAAUUCUUUCCGACAUUAAAUUGAAUUCACCGAACGUAUUCAGAUCUUCGCAAGUUGACCAAAGGGAUGACAACCAAAUUAGUGACCCAAUAGACAAAAUAAUUAACAAUAAAGGAAAGAAAAAUUACACUUUACUAGAACUAGAGAAGAUACUUUCUGAGGAUUGGGAUUGA